UCCAAGUCCGAUUGGAUUUGGAGUCUGAUACUUCAACCAAUUGGAUUAGGUUCGAGGUUUGAUAUCUUAGUGGGAGAAAUCAUAAUGGUGGGAGAAAUCAUCAUGGCCCCGAAAAAGACACUCCUCGCUGGGUUUACAGUUGUUCUGAUGAGCAUUUUAUCCACCAGUGUCCUCUCCGACGACAAUUGUCCAAUUCCGGCAGAGAAGGGACAAGUGGAGAGUUGGUUUAAGACCAAUGUGAAACCGUUCAACGAGCGGAGGGGAACUUUGAACCCUGCCAUUGUGAAGGCAGAGGGCCAACCUAAAGUGAUGAAGGUGUGUAAAGAUGGAAGUGGAGAAUUCAAGACGGUGAUGGAAGCAAUUAAGAAAAUCCCAGAUGGGAACACUCAACGAGUGAUCAUCCAGAUUGGCCCCGGAAACUACACCGAGAAAAUCACCAUUGAUAGGAAGAAGCCGUUUGUCACGUUGAUGGGUACUGAUCCCAAAAAUAAGCCAUUUUUGAUUUUUGGAUGUACUGCAGCCCUAAACGGAACUGCGGAAAGUGCUGCUGUGAUUGUUGAUUCUGAUUACUUCAUGGCUGUUAAUAUAAAUUUUAAGAAUUCGGCACCAAGACCGGAAGUGGGGGCCAAGAAUAAGCAGGCGUUGGCUUUGAGACUUGGCGGCGACAUGUCAGCAAUUUAUAACUGCAACAUGUAUGGAUUUCAAGACACCCUUUUUGAUUACAAGGGCAGACAUUUCUUCAAGGACUGCUAUAUUGAAGGCACUUGUGAUUUCGUCUUCGGCGAUGCGAAAUCUUUAUAUGUGAACACUGAAUUACAUGUAAUUCCUGGCGACAAUGUGGCGUUUAUUACGGCAAAUGGUAAAAAAGACGAUCAAUCAGACACCGGCUACUCAUUUGUCCAUUGCAAUGUAACUGGUGUUGCUGCUAGUAACGGUAUCUUGGGCAGAGCUUGGUUCCCUCACUCCAAGGCGAUAUUUUCCUACAGUACAAUGAGCGAGGUGGUCAAGGCUGAAGGAUGGUCAGAAAACUUGGACCAUGAAAAUGAGAAGACGGUUUAUUAUGGAGAAUUCAAGAACAAUGGUCCAGGGGCAGAUACUAAAGGCAGAGUUAAAUUCGCCAAGCAGCUAAGUGAGGCAGAAGCUAAACCCUAUAUAUCCCUUGCCUAUAUAGAGGCUUCCAAGUGGCUGCUUCCUUGUGAUUCAGCAGCUUCACCUUCACCUUCAGGAAAAGGUUCAUCGUUAGCGGAAGCAGCUCCAACAAAAGGUUCGUCUUCAGCUGAAGCAGUUCCAAAAACCGGAGCAGUUCAAGCAGCUCCCAAAACAGGAACAACUCAAGCAGCCCCAAAAAAAGGAGCAUGAUUUUUGGUCUUGGUGUUGUAUUUCAAGGUCUUUCAUUUUCUGCUGUGUAAGAGACUUGUUUUUCACGUUCAAAAGGGUUGAACAUGGAAUGAGUGAGUACCAAGGCCUGUUGGCUUUUGCUCUAAUAACAAUUGGAAGUAGGUGGGCUACACACAACUCCAUACUUAGGAAGAGAAAUAUAUGGACGAAUAAUUGGAAAUAUUUUUAUUCCACUUAUAGUAU